AUGAGAGCCUCCAAGCUGAACGACAUUUCGGAGAACUGGAGCGAGAAGUUGUUCCUUGGACAAGCCGAUUUCAGUCCUGCCAUGGGUCGUAGUCGGUUUCAAAAACCCGAGGGAAAAUUGACUGUUGGGGAAGCCGUGCAACUACCGGAGGAGAGUGAUCGUGGAUGUUGGGAGCUUGUUGCAGCAGUUGAGCCUGUACCGGAAUGGAAGCAACAUUAA